UAUGUAAGGACAACAUUUUUUUCUUGAAUGCACGAGAGAGGUCGAUUGUCGUCCUCCAAUCGUCAAUGCUUCAUGAAGAUAAACGGUUACAAGAGAAGUGGAUUGCUGUUUGUGAUGUGAGUCACUUGAGAAUUUGGUGACGUUUUCCAUAGCCAAGACGACUAUCAUACAACACAAGGACAGUCAAAAGAGCUUCAUGAAGAAGGCACUACAGCUGGUAUUCAUUAACAAGAAAACGCAAUAACGAUGGAUUCCCUUUUAGUAUGGAGCACCGUCACUCUGAUUAUACUGCUUCGAACUUACGUAAGCGGUGGGCCAACUGAGAAACUUCAUCAUCACAUGACAAAGAGAGAGAUUCAAUAUUACUUCAACGUGGACGAUCAUGACAAAGUUCCUGAAUAUGAAGUCUCAAAUCCGUACCAAUCCAACGAUGAAGGAGAGUUUGUGUCAUAUUCCCUGCAUCCCGCCAGAGCAAAACGUAGCCUUGGAUUGAAUGAUUUUUCAUCUUUUAAACUGAAUGCAUUCGGAUCAAACCUUCAUUUAAAACUGAAGAGGAAUGAACACUUAAUAUCUCCGGGUCUCAAGGUUCUCCGUGAGAACAGCGACGGUUCCAUGACGUCAUAUCCAGUACCAGAAAACACAUACUAUCUCGGACAUGUCGCCUCCGAUCCAAGCUCCACGGUCGCCGUCAGCAACAAUGGUGGACUGACAGGGAUCGUGAAAACAUCACGUGACACGCUUUUCGUCCAUCCCCUUCCCGCGCAUUUGGCUAAGCACGUGACUAGCAGUGAAGAUGCAACGCCUCAUCUUGUUCACAGAAGAUCUGUAAAAGAAGACGUCAUUUCUCUCAAAAAUGAUGUCAUGCACAUGGUAAAAGAAGAUCCCUCAGACGAUGAAAAUAGCCGGGUGAAGAGAUCUAUGAUGUCCCACAGUCCUGUUCCAAAAUUUAAAACACUUAAAGUGGCGCUGAUGUGCCCACCAUCUCUCCAGAAGAAAUAUUCCCAGGGAAACUUACAGGCAAUUACCGGGGGCCUGGUAAACUACUUUAUGAUUCUUGCCAAUAUGGUUGCUGGCAUGUUUCAAGAUCCCUCAAUUGGUAAAAUGAAGAUUACUUAUGUCGUCACUAGAAUCCUUAUCAUCGAUCCUGUCCGGUAUGGUUUCAAGCAAAGUGACAGCAACAGCAUCAAACUAUCCAGGAUAGCUCGAAAGACGAGGGAAAACAACGCGAUACAGAAAGUUCCAUUUGAUGUCUUCAGUUAUAUUUCAGACAAAAUCUCCGGUGGAGCCCUCGCCAUUGCCAAUCAGAUUUGUGCAGUACCUACAGGGAAUGUGAAUCAGGAAAUCGGUUUGCCAACAUCAUUGCAUCUCGCCCACGAGACCGGACAUAACAUGUACCUCGAUCAUACCAGUGGCGACUGUGCUCUAAAAGCUUAUAUCAUGAAUGCUGCACUACCAGGAGGACCUCAUGCCACAGAGUGGUCAGAAUGCUCCAGGAACGUCAUUCAGCGUUUCUUGGCAGACGAAAAAAAAUCUAAAUGUUUAGAUGAUGGUCCCGUGGGUGAUCACCCCACAAUUCUUGCCAGUUUCCGGGGCAAACUUCCCGGGAAAAUCAUCAGUGGCGAUGAACAGUGCAUAAUGCAUUAUGGGGAAGGCUGGAAACAAUACAAUCCGUCCAAUUGUGUUUACUUAUCUUGUAUCAAGGAAGGCACGUUGUUGGGUAGAAAUACGAUUGUUGCAGAUGGAACGGAAUGCGGAUUCCAAAAGUGGUGCAUUAAGGGAAGAUGUGAACAGUCAGGCAUGGUAGAAAAUAUCACCUGGUCUGAAUGGGGCCCUUACUCUCAGUGUACCCGAGAUUGUGACGGAGGUGUCCAGUACAGAGAGAGGCAUUGCGUAAAUGCUAAGCCUCGUUAUGGAAAAAAUUGUAAAGGCGUCAGGAAAGAAUACAGGCUUUGUAAUCCGCAGGAUUGCCCAAGUGAGGAACAAAACUUCAGGAAUGUAUAUGGUCAGCAAGUGUGCAAAGGAAGGAACCCCAAUUACUUCCUUUACAACCUCGCAAGAGACGCAUGUCGCAUAUACUGUAGAGAAGGAAAUCUGGUAAGGAGAAUAGGAACCUUCAAAGACGGUAUCAGAUGUACCAACAAUAGAAAGGACCGCAGCGUCUGUGUUCAAGGAAAAUGUAGAUCGGUUGGUUGUGAUAACGAGUUAGAUGGAAAAACAGCAAUCGACCGUUGCGGUGUUUGCGGAGGAGACGGAGAUACCUGCAGUAAGAUCAAAGCAACCUUCAAAGACUCUCCAGCUGAAGCAGGCCCCGAGAAUGCGAUAGAGGUAGCAGAACUUCCAGUUGGAACUAGAAAUGCUGGUUUCGUGAUGGUUGCCAACACUUUAAAUUAUUUAGGUGUAAUUGACGCUCAAGGCAAAUUCAUAGUUGGGGGACAUCUGGGCGGAAAUCAAGAAAAACCUGCCGCUGGCACAGUGAUAAAGUAUACCCAUAGAAAUAGGCCGGCAGCAAGAGACGUAGUUACUAUAGUUGGCCCUACGAACGCUUCGCUGAGAGUAAUGUACAUAAAGAGAUCACCAAAAACUGGAGACAACCCUGGCGUGAUGUAUCAAUACCUCAUUGAAGGCUCGUCCUCAAUCUCUUCACUCGGCUACAAAUGGGUGGUUGGGGAAUGGUCUACUUGUUCAAGGACUUGCGCUGUCGGUACAAGAACACGUGAUGUUCGUUGUAUUAGGAUAGAUGACGAAAGUCCUGCCAGUAACUCUGCUUGCCCUGGAGAAAUGCCAGCAGUCGAAGACUGCAACACGCAGCCUUGUGCAGCAAAAUGGACUCAAGAAUGGACCUCUUGUUCGAAAACAUGUGGAAACGGACAUCAACAACGUCAACUAAAAUGCCUGCACGAAGUAGCCUUGGACGACUUCAGAGAAACUGAUUUAUGCUCAGAACCGAAACCCGUUAACGUUGGACCAGCUCUGCUGGCCUGCAAUAGAUACCCUUGUCCGGCUGCAUGGAAUGUUGGGCCCUGGUCUGCGUGCCCCACAAAGUGUGCAGUUGGAAUGAUCCGUCGUGAGGUUUCAUGCUCAAGAAUCGACGAAUCCGGAAACUUAACCAUCAUUGAUCCAGAGUUUUGCCGAUAUAUGAACAAACCUCUUUCUGAAAUGAAAUGUAACGAGAAUAAACCUUGUGGAUCGAGACCACCCACCUGCCCUCCCAUUGGACAUAACUGCUCGAAUGGAGGAAGCUGUCAACCGGAUCCAUCAGGUUACAAGUGCGUUUGUGACAAGGGAUUUACUGGCGUCGAGUGCGAAAUAAAAUUAAACCCAUGCGACAAGAAACCGUGUUUAAAUGGUGGUGAGUGCUCAGCGGGGAUCAUUCAUCAUUACAAUCACACCUGCAAGUGUCCCCCUCUCUUUACAGGAAGGAACUGCGAAACUAAAAUAACAGCUUGCAUGAGCAAUCCUUGUUUAAACGGAGCCACUUGUGACGAUAAAGGUCUCUCAGACGAAUAUACUUGUACGUGCCCUCAAGGCCUUACGGGUCAGCGUUGUCAAGUUUCAGCGUUUUAUCGCAUCGGAUGUUUUAAUCACAAAGCAAAUGUGAUACCCACACUGGUAGACCUGAGAAAAGAAGUGAAUCUCAAAGAUACUCAACCCACGAUUAUGAAAUGUGCAGAGCUAGCCCAAGAGAAAGGUUAUAAGUACUUUUCUGUCGGACUGAACGGAAUUUGCUUCUCUGGUCCAAAAGCUGGUGAAAGCUAUUUUACAAAAGGUGCUGCUCCUAACAAGAAAUGCGCUAAAGGCAUUGGCUCAAAAGCCUCUUCUGUCGUUUUUACGUUUGAGUCAGUUCCAUCUUACAAGUCUCUCGGUUGCUACGUUGCCUCGGCUAAGAAGAGACCAAAACCUUUGCGAAUUAGAUACAUCAACUUCCGCAAUCAAAAGAACAAACAGAACGGAGUGACUGUUGAUCAGUGCGCCCGCGUAGCAAAGGCCAAGGGUUACGCAUAUUUUGCUGUGCAGAACACGGCAGAAUGUUGGUCUGAUGUGAAUGCUAAGGACACCUACGAUGACCUUGGUCCUUCUCAAAAAUGCAAGGGAGGAAUAGGGUUGAAAGGAGCGAACAUGGUGUAUCAGUUGAAUGAAUAGCUGGCGCUAAUUUGAUAAGUGGACAGACUUGAUGUCUCUGGUAGCUUCAACGAACCGUUCGACGGAGAAAUUUCUCUUAUAACCUUUUAUUUAACAAUAAUUCUGCAAAAUAGUGUGCCUACUUAAAUUUUGGUAUCUGUUUGAGUAAUUUUCACGUAAUUUUAAGACAGAAAGGGAAGAGAAUAUUAAAUUGAAUGAUUUGUAAUCAAACAAACUGCUAAUGAAAAUACGCAAUAAAAUAAAUUUUCAACCUA